AUGGACGCUGCUUCGCUGCCUUCCGUCCAAGAGGUCCACUCAAAUGACCUAGGAAGGCAUGAGCUGGCAUAUUUUACCGAGACCAGCAAGGAGGAAUCAGGGUCUACAGUACCUGCAUUUUCAAACCCACAACCAGACGUCGACGACAGCAACAAGCACAUCGACACUAUCAACGUCGAAGACCCCGAAACGAAUUCGCUUCCCAACGACGAGUUCCCCGAGGGCGGCCUUCAGGCAUGGCUAGUCCUAACAGGUGCAUGCCUCGCUCUAUUUGCUUCGUUUGGCUUUAUGGUCUCCAUUGGUACUGUCCAGGAAUACCUUCAAACCCACCAACUCUCAGCCUAUACAUCCCGCGACAUUGGAUGGAUACCUUCCGUCUUCGUUUACCUCGCCCUCGGACUGGGCAUAUGGGUCGGGCCGCUCUUUGACCGUUAUGGACCACGCUGGAUUGCCCUGCUUGGUAGCAUAAGUUACAUCGUCAUGGUAUUCCUCCUUGCAGAGUGCCAGAAAUACUGGCAAUUCCUGUUGUGUCUGGGCUUUCUGGGAGGAAUUGGAGGUGCAACCCUGACAACGACAAGUUUGGCAGUGGUCUCCCACUGGUUCAAGCGGCGACGAGGGCUUGCUCACGGCAUCGCGAUGGUUGGGUCAUCGUUUGGCGGUUUCACAAUCCCGUUGAUCCUACGCGACACGCUGCCCAAGUACGGCUAUGCGUGGUCGAUGCGCAUUCUAGGCUUUCUAUUCUUCGGCUGCUUAGCCAUCGCGAACGUAUUGAUGAAACCACGUCUUCCACCCUCUCCCGAUGCACGGAAGCAGGCCAUCAUCAGUCUCAGUUUGUUUGGGGACCUGAAGUUCACGUUCCUCACCAUCAGCGUCUUUGCAUUUGAGAUCGUCCUCUUUGGUGCGCUGGGGAUCCUCCCGACAUACGCAAACUACGGCACUGGGUUUCCUCAUGAUACCGGCUUUUACAUCAUCUCUGUGCUGAACGCAAGCAGCUGCUUCGGACGAAUUAUUCCGGGAUAUAUAUCCGACUCGAUCGGUCGGUUCAAUACGUUGCUGGCCAUGAUCCUCUUUACACUUCUGCUGAUGCUGAUUAUCUGGCUUCCAUUCGGUCAUAAUUCCCUCGCCGCACUAUACGUUUUCUGCACGUUGUUUGGAUUCGGCACCGGCAGCUGGAUGGCGCUAACACCGGCAUGUAUCGGUCAGCUCUGUGAAGCAGACCAGUUUGGGCGAUUCUAUGGCACUUGCUAUUUUAUCGGGAGUUUGGCUGCAUUGGUGUGUAUCCCCAUCAGUGGCCAAUUGGUGGAGGCGGCGGGUGCGAGGGUAAUGGUGGGCUUUAUGUGUGCUGUCACCGCCUUGGGCAUGGGAACCUUCGUGCUCAGUCGAUGGGCUUGCCUGGGCUGGCGGUGGAGGUGGAGGGUGAAGGUGUAA